GUAAAGGUGAGCAGAGACUCAGGAAGAUGCAGCACCUGUCGUCCAAUCAGAGGAAGCGGCUGCCAGCAGGGGGCGGAGCUUCUGAGCCUUCCUCAGGAGACACGACUGAUGACGACAUCAUGAUCACAUCCUCUAACCUAAAGCAACAAGCACCUCCCACUGCUCUGUCUGCCCCUCCCACCACCACACCUGUCCGGACUAACAGUAAUGUGGCGACGCCCAGCCAGGUUCCUGCCGGGAUAUCCCAAAAUGCAUCACUGCUGAGAGACAGGCCGAGGACGGUCCCCAACAUCCUGUCUCGCAGUAAGAAUCCAGCUAAACCCUCGUCCCUGCUCACAAAGAAUUUGGAGGAGGCACCGUCUUUUCUGUUACCGGCUGAGAUUCUGUCCCUGGUCAGUGCUGCGUUGCCAGGGCAACCAGUAUUGACCUUGGGCCCGAUGAUGGGUGGCCCGACGGUGCUGCAGACGUCUCCUACACCAGGCGUGGCCUCAGUCACCCUCAACAUCCCCAGUCUGACCAAUCAGAUCCAUCUUACAUCACUGCACCACCCUCCAACUGGUAAGAUCUACAGCAGCUCCACCCCCCUCACCUUCACCAACUUCACAGACUUUAACAACUUGCUGCAGCUGGUUCAACCCUCAAUUACACCACAACAACAACAACAACAACAACAACAACAACCACAAUCACAACCACAAGGACAACCACAAGCCCCCCAGCAGCACGUCCCUCCUCCUCCUGCAGUGGUCUCUGCUGGACCAGACCAGGACCAUGCGCCAUCCCAGUCCACCUCACCAUCUGCAUUCUCCACUCAGGGACCAGGUUCCAGUCUCCAGGCUGAGGUCCCGGAGCAGGAGGGGACCACAGAGGAUCCAGAGGUCCCGGUGGGGGGGUCUUCGAAACCAGAGCAGCAGGAGGGGUCCAGAGAGGACCCGGACCAGGAGAGUCUGACCUCCCUCCUGAAUGAGAUUGUCUUCCUCAACCAGCAAACGGCGCUUCAGUUACCGGGGCAACCACCCUCUGAGGCAGGACUACCAGAGGAGGGGCCACCGGAGGCGGGGCCAGGCCAGAGCCCAUGGCUCCUGCAGCUUGACUCGGACUCUGAUGACACUGUUAACACAGAGACAGUGGAGUCAGGGCCGCAGCCCCGACCUGCUUAUGGAGGCUCUACAGCUGGCGUCCUGGCUCCGCCCCCUCUGCUGCAGAUGAAGGUGGGCAGGUCUACGGUGGCGGCCCCCACCAGAAGUGCCAGCCCAGCAGUGGAGGGAGGAGGAAGAGGAGGAAGAGCGGGGAGAAGAGAGGGGGGCGUGACCUGGAGGCCGAUGCCUAGGCUGGUCCCUCUGGGGCUGCGAGGGAACCCGCCCUGCUGACAUCACGCCACCUCGCUAAUGAUGUCACAGAUGUUCUGUUCCUGAACUAAUCAGAGGCCUUGCUGUUGUUAUGGCGAUCAGAGAUUCUGGUUCACUACAGCGUUUAUUUAUGGACUGCUCCGUCCAGUGCAACCAGCAGGUUGCCAUGGAAACCGUCUCACAGAAAGAUUGUUGAAGGGAUUAGUUUUCAGUCGUUGAUGUAUUGAUCGAUUGAUUGUCUUUGAUAUCCAAAGAUCUGUGUGUGUGUUUGUAUUUGUUUAUCGGCCAUCAGGAGCUCUGAUAACAGUAAAGUGAAAAUAUUUUGAGAAAAAACUUUAAAUUAUCACAAUAUUCUGGUCUUGUCGCCAUGGUGACAGCAGGGUCCCGUUACCAUAGAAACCGGAAAGGGUCUCUGAGAGGAUUUUCGUUAAAAUCAUAAAGAAGUUUGUAAUUCUAGGAUGAAAUAUUGUGUCUGAGGUUUGAACUCUGCUGGAUAAAGUUUUAUUUACUAAAGUUCAGUUUAAACAGCAGUUUGUGUCUCACCUGGCCUCACCUGGACUCACCUGGACUCACCUGUAACCUGCAGUGUUCCAAACAGGAAGUUGAGUUGGAUGUUUGUACAGUGUACAGUCGUUCUGCUUUUUCCUAAAUUUGUAUUUUUGUAUUUGUUAAUGUAAAUAAAUGUUGUCUGAAGAAGCCGUGAAGUAUAAAACUAAUAUGAAUAAAGUUUGAAAA